CCCCGCCCCGCCCCGCCCCACGCCGCCCCAACCUGGGAGCUCAGCCCCUGGGCGGCCGCGGCGGGGCGGGCCCGGCACCUGCUGCCGCCCGGAGAUCCGAAGAGCGGGACCGCCGGGUGAAGCCACCGCCGGAGUAGAGAGCAGGGAAUAUCUUUGGAGAAACCUCCUGUUGGGGAAUGCCUCACAUCAAUGCAGCUGCAGCUCUGCAGAUCUGCAUGCUCCUGUCUGCGCUUCCUGCACAAUAUUUCAUAUCCCAGUGGUACGGGACGGACUCCGCUCAACGCAUCCAAAUAACAGAAAGGUUGAUAAUUGCCUCUUGGAGCAGCUUUACAAAAUCUCACUUGAGUCUGGAUGCGUGGACAGAUUGUUUAAAACUGUGGCUGUCAAAGACAAGGAGUUGGUACCAUGGAGAAAAGAAAACUAAAAUGGGUGACAAUGAAGCAGAAACCCAUUCUUAUUUUGCAGAAUCAACUCAUGUUCACAGUCCAAAGCCUCAAUAUAUUCAGUUCAGUGUGGGACAGGUAAUUGUUCACAAAAGAUUUGGCUACUCGGGAGUCAUUGUUGGAUGGGAUGUAAAAGCUAAAGCUCCAGAAGAAUGGCUACAACACAACUAUCCUCCAGCAAAACAGGAUCUAAAAGAUACUCCUCACUAUCGAAUUCUAAUUAACAAAGCAAAUGGAUUUGGCAAAUCUACAGCUUAUAUUCCUGAGGAAGAGAUAACCAUUAUUAUGGGAUUAGAGGUACAUCACCCUGAUAUGAAAGCCUAUUUCAGUGGAUAUGAUGGAUCAAAAUACAUUAUGCAGCCAUGGUUGAAAAAAAUCUAUCCUCAUGACUGAAGUACUUAAGUGUUUGUAUAUGUAACACACAUCCAGAUAACGUUUCCUUUUUAAACUUAUAAAACAGGGUAAAUCUCAUGUAUAUUGUUUCCUAUGCCAAAAUAAAACAUUCCUAAGCAUG